AUGGAUAGAAAAUCUGCUAGAAUAAAAGCAGAGUUGCAAAGAUAUGGUUGGAGAGUUUCGAAGAAGUUUAAAUAUAGGAAGGGAAGACCCAUAAAAGUCUAUGACAAACUGGCUGGUCUUCGCUACGAAAUGGAUUUGGAAACAGCACGUGCAAAUUAUCCAAACAGACUAGAGAGGUUAGAAGAAGAACGUCUUAUGAACAUGCCUUUCGAUGUUAGUGAACCUCAAGUUGAAGGACACGACGGCUUUGCCAGAUUCUACUGGAAACAUGACGAACAAUUGCAUCCUUUGAGAAGGAAAAAAGGUAGUGCAGAGGAUGGUCAUGCUCCCAUGGAAAGAACAAGAUAUGCAUAUGAGAAGUACC